CUCAAAUCUCUCAAAAGAGUUUUUCAAAGCCAUCGUCUUGUCACACAGCUCCUCAAAUUAAAAGAGUCGACAAAACUUUUUCUAAUUAUUGAACUUAACUUGGAAAGCAUGCAGGAUAGUGAAGAUGUAGCAUAAAUAGGGAGUGUUAUAUUGUUUAUUUGUGAAGGAAAAACUUCGGUACACGACGGUGACCUUUCUUUGUGUUUUGUGCGGAGUUUUGAAACCGAGGUGCUUCGUCUGUCACAAAUUAUGUCCUUUACAUCCAUGGGGGUGUCGAUGUUUACACUAGCAAGUGAUGAUACAUAGUAGAAACUGGUCAUGCAUCAUAUUUUGGCUGCUCGUCGCGCUAUUUGCAGCGAAAGCUCGAGUCAACGGCAAGGAGACAACAGUGGACGAGACCACAUCCAUUCUGACGACAGAUCCCACGCUACCAGAUCCUAUUCUUCGGUAUGCCGCGGCCAGCUCGCAACCACCUUCAAAGAGACGCCGCAGAACCACCCCCAGAUUUACCACCACCGAGUCGAACACACCCCUAAGACUCACCGACCCACCUUCAACAUCACCAAGGCCAACGAGCCCGCCAGCGACGCCACUGCGGCUGACAGAUCCUCCAACUCCGUCAACAGAACCAGAAACGACCACGUGCAAACUCUCUAUAACGCCGGUCGUCCUCGAACCGAGAAAGGUCAAAUCCCCUGAAUCGAUCCGCAAGGACUGCCAGAAUUUCAGCAUCAUCCCCGAUCUGUUGGAUGCAAAUGAUACUGUGCCUCAUCCAAUGCAAGUGAGAUUUUUAUUUGAGCACGUCGCAAGGUACGGGAACACAAUUCACCCCAAACACAUGGUUUUCAGGCCGUAUUAUGUGACAUGGGAGAACAACAAGACAGACUUUUACACUCUGUUGAUGCUAGACAUUGACUAUCCAUCACGAUCAAACCCGUAUAUGCGCAGUUAUCUGCACUGGCAAGUUUUAAAUAUCAAAGGAGAGGCCUGGAUUAAAGCAGAAACUUGGGCAGAAUACAUCGGUCCAAAUCCGUUAUACGGCUCAGGUUUACAUAGGUAUUUAUUUUUUGUUCUCAAACAACCAAGUCAAAUUCACUUCACCGAAUUAAAAUAUCCUGCAUUGUAUUUGGAUGAACACCGUGCUAAUUUUUCACUUCAAACAUUUUGGAAAAAAUAUGACCUGAAACUACAUGCAAUGAACUUCCUGUCGUCAGAAUGCACAGAUCAUCAGUUUUCCCAUGCAGAGCCGCAUCUAAAUCGAACACUUGAUCUAAUUCCCAGAGCUUUGUAGUACUAAAAAAGACUUAAGCAAGUGAAUGUGAUAUGAGAUAAAGUUAUAAGUGAAUGAGUGAUCAUUUCGACAAUGAAACACACGGCUAGUCGGGGACUUUACAUAUUCCACAUGGAGAUGACCAAAUGAUUCUAAUGCCAUGUUUCGGACUGUUUAAUCUUCUAAGAUAUUUUACAUGCGCAUUAAAGAAACUCUUCAAAUUCUGGAUAUUACAGUACUGUGCAUACAUUUAAUUUGUAAGAUAAGACAUUAUGAAUCCAACUGCAACCAAAAUGCGAAAAUGAUCAAAAUAAUAAAGUAUCAAAUGUCCACAUGGUGCUCCA